AUGGCCGCUCCAGGAACUCCUGAUGAGGACGAGAAGACCGAGCAUGGAGAACCAAGCACUCCAGAAUUCGAUCCCAUCUGGUCUGACAGUGAACGGGACCAAUUGAAACGCAUCGCUACGCAGCAGUCGGAAAAGUUGUCUGAAGUCCAGACACAUGCUGGGGAUGCAAUCUCGGAUGUCGAUACCAAAUCGCCCAGUCUCGACCCAAAAAGCAACGAGUUCGAUCUCUCAAAAUGGAUGCUGUUCCAGUUACGCAAGUACGAAUCAGGAAAGUUCAAACCACGCCGUACGGGUGUCAUCUUCAAGAACCUCUCCGUCUAUGGGUCAGGAGCUGCGAUCCAGAUUCAGCACACUGUCACCUCCAUGCUCACCUCUCAAUUCCGCUUGAAGGGCGUGGACCAAAAAGCCCGCAAGACUAUCCUACAUGAUUUCCAUGGCUGCCUUAAGCGUGGGGAGAUGCUUAUGGUUCUAGGGCGCCCUGGUGCAGGCUGCUCGACCUUCCUGAAGUCAAUAUCGGCUGAUGUUACUGGCCUAGAUAUUGACAAAGCUGCAGAGAUCACCUAUGAUGGAAUUCCCCAGAAGCUGAUGAAGAACGAAUUCAAGGGAGAGAUCCUCUACAACCAGGAAGUCGAGAAACACUUUCCUCACCUGACAGUAGGAGAGACACUCUGGUUUGCGGCUGCUGCCAGAGCUCCAAGAGUUCGCCGUGAAGGGCAGACACGCAAUGAGUACAUUCAAGAAGUCAGAGAUGUUGUAAUGGCUGUCUUUGGACUCUCCCACACCGUCAAUACCAAGGUCGGCUCUGACUUCGUGCGGGGUGUGAGUGGAGGAGAAAGGAAGAGAGUCUCUAUUGCAGAAAUGGCGCUCGCAGGGUCCCCUCUGUGCUGCUGGGACAACUCCACUCGGGGUCUUGAUUCUGCGAAUGCGCUUGAUUUCGUCAAAGCCUUGCGGUUGAGCUCCAAAUGCUUUGAGACCACCCACCUCGUCGCGAUCUACCAGGCUUCUCAGGCGAUCUAUGAGCAAUUCGACAAGGUCGUUGUCCUCUACGAAGGCCGUGAGGUCUUUUUUGGUCGUACCUCGCGGGCUAAGGAGUACUUUGAGCAUAUGGGCUGGUACUGUCCACCAAGACAGACAACCGCAGAUUUCCUGACGAGUUUAACCAACCCGAGUGAACGGCAGGCUAAGGAGGGCUUUGAGCACCGCACCCCACGUACAGCAGAGGAGUUUGAAAAGUACUGGAAGGAGAGCGUGGAUUUCAAGAAUCUACGAGAAGAAAUCCACGCACACGAGGAAAAGUACCCGCUCAAUGGCCCGACUCUCGAAGACUUCACUGAGAGUCAUCGGGGAAGACAGGCCAAGCACACGAACCCACGGUCUCCCUAUGUGAUAAGUGUCCCAAUGCAGGUUAGAAUCUGUACUCUUCGCGCCUAUCAGAGGAUCUGGAAUGACCGGACAUCAACCUUGACCACAAUUGGUGGUCAAAUCGUCAUGUCAUUGAUUAUCGGGUCCUUGUUCUAUGGGACUCCGUUUGGCACGCAAUCGUUCUUCGCAAAGAGCUCGGUCCUCUUCUUUGCUGUCCUCUUGAACUCCCUCUUGACUGUAUCAGAGAUAAACGCGUUAUACAGCCAACGUCCUAUCGUGGAGAAGCAUGCUUCCUACACUUUCUAUCAUCCUUUCGCGGAAGCUCUCGCAGGGAUUGUCAGCGACAUUCCGAUCAAGCUCAUUUCAGGGGUCAUUUUCAAUACGGUGCUAUAUUUCCUUGGCAGUCUGCGAUAUGAGCCAGGGCCAUUCUUCAUAUUCUUCUUGAUCACCUUCACAGCUCUGCUUUGCAUGAGUCAAGUUUUCAGGACAAUUGCCGCUGCCACUCAGACAAUCCCUCAAGCUCUGGCCGUCGCUGGAGUCAUCCUUAUUGCGACGGUGAUAUACACAGGAUUUGUGAUUCCGAGACCAAACAUGCAUCCUUGGUUUGGAUGGAUUAUGUGGAUUAACCCUCUCAGCUAUGCGUACGAAGCGCUCAUCGUCAACGAGUUCCACGGGAGAGACUUCCCCUGCUCAGAUGUUGUUCCAGCAUACCCUGGUUUCUCUACGGGUGCAAAUCCGACAUUUGUCUGUGGCGAGAAGGGAGCUGUUCCUGGUCAACUUUUUGUGAAUGGAGACAAGUACCUAUAUGCCAGCUAUCGAUACGAGUAUUCGCACCUAUGGCGCAACUUCGGGAUCUUAUGUGCCUUCACUGCAUUCUUCAUGGCUUUAUACUUGAUAGUCACUGAGCUGAACUCUUCCACCUCGUCCACAGCAGAAGCACUUGUUUACCGUCACGGACGUGUCCCAAAGCAUGUCCUGCAAGCGCUUGCAGAAAACGACUCGACAAAACUCGUCGACGACGCUGGCGAAGCUACCGAGCAGGAGGUGGAAGGCCUUCGUGAGCAGAAAGACAUUUUUACAUGGCGAAAUGUGUGCUACGACAUCGAGAUUAAAGGGGAACCGCGGCGCUUGCUCGACGGCGUCUCGGGAUGGGUCAAACCGGGUACCUUGACUGCUUUGAUGGGUGUUUCCGGGGCCGGAAAGACAACGCUUCUCAACGUGUUGGCUCAGAGAGUCUCGAUCGGUGUCGUGACUGGUGAUAUGCUGGUCAAUGGAAUGCCGCGAGGUGCUAGUUUUCCCCGGAAGACAGGAUAUGUCCAGCAGCAAGAUCUCCAUCUCCACACAUCCACUGUUAGAGAAGCCUUGCGGUUUUCAGCUUUGCUGCGACAACCUAAGUCCGUGCCAGUCAAGGAGAAAUACGAAUUUGUCGAAGAUGUUAUUCGCAUGCUCAACAUGGAAGAUUUCUCGGAGGCUGUUGUUGGGAUUCCAGGAGAAGGAUUGAACGUUGAACAGCGGAAGCUGCUCACCAUUGGCGUUGAGCUUGCUGCACGCCCAGCGCUUCUGCUGUUCUUGGACGAACCAACGUCUGGUCUUGAUAGCCAGUCAUCGUGGACUAUCAUCGCUUUUCUCCGCAAACUGGCGGAUAGUGGCCAGGCGGUGUUAUCAACAAUUCACCAGCCAUCCGCUAUCUUGUUUCAGCAGUUCGAUCGUCUGCUAUUCCUUGCCCAGGGUGGUAAAACGGUCUACUUCGGUGAGAUUGGCGAUAAUUCAAAAACGCUGCUUGAUUACUUCCACAAGCAAGGAGCUCGUCCAUGCGGCGACACAGAGAACCCUGCAGAAUAUAUACUAGAGCUUGCGGGCGCUGGCGUAUCUAACGUCUCUUCUCAAGACUGGCCAGCAUUAUGGCGAACAAGUGAUGAGGCUAAGGAAGUCAGCAAAGAGCUUGACCGUCUCCACGAGGACUUAAAGAACAGGCCUAGCGAAAAGCCAGGAGACUCAGAUGAUUCGAACACAGAGUUUGCGAUGCCCUUCUGGUCCCAGCUCAUUGCGGUGAUGAUUCGAGUGUUUCAGCAGUACUGGCGUACUCCUAGCUAUAUCUAUGGAAAGUUCAUCCUAGGUGUGGCAUCAGCUCUUUUCGUUGGAUUCUCCUUUUACAUUCCUGGCACUUCGCAAGUGGGUCUGCAAUCGCUUAUUUUCGCCAUCUUCAUGAUUACGGCUAUUUUUGCUGCCCUGGUGCAGCAGAUAAUGCCCCAGUUCAUUUUCCAACGCGAUCUGUAUGAAGUUCGAGAACGCCCUUCGAAGACUUAUCACUGGGCGGCUUUCAUCAUGGCCAACAUCUUCGUUGAGCUUCCCUACCAGACUCUUCUCGGCAUCAUGUUGUUCGCCGCCUUUACUUAUCCGGUCUUUGGCAUCCUAAGCUCCGAGAAUCAGGGCGUUAUCCUUCUCAUUUGUAUCGAGUUUUUCAUUUUCGGAUCCACUUUCGCACAUGCUGUUGUCGCAGCCCUUCCCGAUGCCGAGACAGCUGGCCAGAUUGCAACCCUCGUCUUUUAUCUGACAUUGAUAUUUAAUGGAGUUCUGUUGCCAAAGGUUGCCCUACCCGGAUUCUGGACGUUCAUGUGGCGGGUAUCGCCCAUGACAUACAUUGUCAACGGGAUUGCCGCAGCUGGAAUCGGCGGUCGCACAGUCCAAUGCGCUGAUGAUGAAUUUAGCGUAUUCCAGCCUCCACCUGGAGCAACAUGCGGACAGUAUAUGCAGCCAUAUCUGAACGCUUUGGGUGCAGAGGUAGGGACUCUGGUCAACCCCAACGCCACCAAUGAUUGCCGAUACUGCUCAGUGAGUGUCGCCGAUCAGUUCUUGUCAGCGCGCAAUAUUGAGUCAAGCCAGCGUUGGCGCGAUUUCGGUAUUGUUUGGGUAUACAUCGCCUUUAAUACUGCGUUCGCCGUCCUCGUUUAUUAUGAGUUCCGGGUGAAGAGCUGGAAAUGGAAAAAGAAUUAACGAUGAUAAAACAGUUUCAGCCAGCGGCUGACAGUCACUGAUGCAUUCAAAGUGCUAUUAUGUCGUAAUAUGGAAGCAGAUUCAUGGGUGCUUCUUAGGUAUUUCUUACGCUAUUAUGGGGUUGUGAAGGGAUAAUCAGGAAGUUGCUUUCAUCUGAUAGAGUACCUAGAGCUAACAAUCUAUUCUACGUCCACGAGACAAGUGGGUCAAUAUCCUAAAUGACAAUACGAUGAUUCCACUUGGAGAGAGCAGUGACAAAGCAAAC